AUGGCAAUUCAGUUAAUAAAAUAUGUACGACUGACAUGUGUACUGCAGCCACCUUAAGUUUACUGUUUUAUUUUAAGAAAAGCGUCCAAAACAUAAAAGCUAUGUCAUGAUUUAAGAAGAGUCUCAGGCCAUAAAAUGCCGUGCAUUUGGAUAAAGGAAGCGUCGUCAUCGAAAGGAACUAAAUUUAAACUUGAUGAUGUGUCAUUCAAUUUGCAAGUUUCUGAUUUAAAAAGUCAACUGUCAAAGUUUAGCGGAAUUGACGAAAAACACUAUGGUAUAGUUUAUCGAGGCUUAUUACUGAAAGAUGAUCAAAGUUUAGAAUCAUAUGGUGUGAAGGAGGAUGCCACAGUCUAUGUUCUUUACAGAAAGCAAAAGAAGGAAGAUCGAGAAGAAGAGCUUGAUGUCGAUGUUGAAGGGCUGAAACCUGUUCUUCAAGCAGCCACUGCAAGUCCUGUUUUCAAAGAUAAGAUGGACGCAUUAUUGAAGAAUCCUGAAACCUUAACAAACAUCCUCACCCUGACACCAUCACUUGCUCAAGAUCCAGUUGCUUUAUCCAUUCUAAAAGACUCAGAAAUCUUUCAAAAUAUUAUCAAAAAUGGCGAUGUUUCAAAGUUAGCAAAAGAGCAUCCUUCCUUGAUUCAAGCUGCAUCACAUAUUGCUGCUGAAAUCACCAAAGAUGUUGAUACAUCAUCUCAAAGAAUCUCCAAUCCUGAAGAUAAUGAUAUGAUGGAUAUUGAACCUGAGAUGCUUGCGCAAGCUGAGUUCAUGGCUGCACAAGAGGAAACCUAUCAAAGUGAGAGAAACACAGGCACUGACAACAACCCUCAGCCAAUCACAUCCACAUUUUUAGCAUCAGCCUUACAGGUAGCCAGAGCAAAUCUUGUAUCAACAUCUACUCAGACUGCAUCAGUUCAGUCAACAUCAACAGCAGCUCCUCAAUUACCGCCAUUUGCUCCUCAAUUACCACCAUUUGCUCCUCAAUUACCACCAUCUGCUCCUCAACCACCACAAAUAUCAACUGAAUUUUUCAAUGAAGCCAUGGCCUCUGUCAUGACGAUGAAUGCUCAAAGAAAUCGUUUUGCGGCGGAAUUGCAACAACUUCGUGAUCUUGGCAUAGAAGAUGAAGCGUUGAGUUUACGAGCUUUGCAAGCAACAAACGGUGAUGUACAAGCUGCUUGCAACUUAAUAUUUGGAGGUGGACUUCAAUGAAUGCGAGUAAAUGUCUUUUCAAAGUAUUCCCUUGGAUUUCGUAGUGUUUUUGUCGUGUCGCGAUCAGUAUCAAAUAUACAUGUUGUCAAUAGGUUUUACGUAUUCGUAAAAGAAAAUGCCCAAUAAAGAAUCUUGCCUUUGUGAACAA